UAGCCUGAACUGAACUGAAAAUGAAGUUGGCUGAUGUUAUCUUUACCUGAAGACAAGGCGGAAUAGGAAGAGUGACAACAGAGAAUGACAAAAUGACAAAGACGGUCUCAGAGUAAAUGAGUUGAGUAACUAUAACAGAGAUGAUAGUGCAUGUUGUAUAGCGCAUGCGCAGAUCACCACUGUUGCUUUAGUUCAGGACGGUUGGUCACAAUUUGCUCCCAACUAUUGUAGCUAUUUAUAGCCCACAAAAAAAUAUUAAAUUGCUUAAAUCUGAUAUGACCUGAGUUAGAACCAUCAACAACAAACAGGUUAAGUAACUGUAGUGGUUAAAUACAGUAAUUUGUUUACACCGGAUAAUUCAGUGCGUUGUAGAAUUAUGUAACGGGUAAACCAACCUUGGUAACCCUUUACCAUGCACACUGCGGAAGACUACAUGCGCUUCUAUUAAUGACCGUAAUUAAAACCGAAGAGGAAAGCAAUCAAAUAAAACACAACGUUUGAUAAUUAGUCUAUAAUGACACAUUUUCUUAUAUUUCCAUAGGCCGUAUCAUAUAUCAAGCUACUGAAAAAAACCUCCAGACAAACAUAUAGGCCUAGCCUAUAGGUCUAAACGUUUUGGGGUUUGCUUGCCUGCCUUCAUAUUUAUUUAGGCAAAUGCGUUGGUUGGGCUAUGUUUAAAUCGGGAACUACAGAAUAAAGACGGACCGGCUGCAACAAACAAACGGCCGUGAGUUAUUACAUAAAUCCUGGUGACAUAACCUCUGAGCGGAGCUCGGGCCGACAGCCAGGGCGCAAAGAGCAAGCGGGUUGAAACCGGAGUAGCCUGAACUGCUUGUACAAGGAAGUUCGUUGCAAAAAUGAAGCUGGCUGAUAUUAUCCUCACGUGAAGGCAACACGGAAUAUGGAGAGAGAGUGACAACAGAAAAUGACAAAGACGUUGUCAGAGUAAAUGAGCGUACUGACUCUAAAAGAGAUGGUAGUGCAUGUUUUAAAGCGCAUGCGCCGUCCCUGCCUCUAGAGCAGCAGGUAGUUCUAUAUAUUUAGAAUUAAAGAUCCAACGUUUUUUAAGUUAUUUAUGUUGCAUUGCAUACUAAGUGCACAGCAAAACGCGCGGUAGAAUAUACAAUAAAAAGGGGUGUGUAGACACGCUUGUCCCAGGAGUGUGAAGUGGCGUAGUGUGUGUCAGCGCCAGGUGCAAGCACACGCAGUUUGUUUUGACUGGGGGAGUUAUGGAAUAUGAGGAGCCCGAAUCACCCGAACACGUCACUACAGAAGAACCAAUCAAAAGAGGAGACACUGUGUCCAAGAAGACUAAUUUGACUCAGAUUGAGGUGAUUCCCUGUAAGAUCUGUGGUGAUAAAUCAUCAGGAGUUCACUAUGGAGUCAUCACCUGCGAGGGCUGCAAGGGUUUUUUCCGGCGUAGCCAGCUGCCGUCCGUGUCCUACUCCUGUUCCAGACAGAGUAACUGUCCUAUAGACAGAGCCAGCCGCAACCGCUGCCAGAGCUGCCGACUGCAGAAGUGUGUGACCCAGGGCAUGAGCCGGGAUGCGGUGAAGUUUGGUCGGAUGUCGAAACGUCAGCGGGAGUCUCUGCGUGCCGAGGUGGAGAGACACCGUCAGCAGCAGCAGCAGCAUCUCCAGGCAGAGGCCCAGCCCGCCCUGUCCUACCCCAGCAAGGCAUGCCGUUUCCGGACACCCCACCUGCUCCAGGCCCCGGCACCAGCCUACUCCUUCCCUGGAGAGCCAGAGCUGCCACCCUGCCCGACCGAUGUGCUCCCCUACCUGGUGUGCUCCCCAGGCGAGUCCCAGGCUCCAGGUCUGGCCUACCAGGGCUCCUGUGUGUCUCCUGGUAGUGGGCACUCAGACGAAAGAGGGUUCGACUCCCGUCAGCCGUCUCCUGACCAGUCGAUAGGGAUGGGAAUUAGAUCGUAUGACCCAGAAGACCCUUACUGCCCUUACCCCCCCUCCCAAUCCCUGCUACACAUAGAGGAGCUGUGUGACAGUAUCGUGCGGUCCCAUAGGGACACCAGUCAGUUCAGACUAGAGGAACUACAGGCUCUGAGAUGGAAGUUGUUCAGCAGAGAGGAGAUCCAUGCUUACCAGAGCAAGUCAGUAGAUGAGAUGUGGCAGCACUGUGCCGUGAGGCUGACUGAAGCGGUACAGUACGUGGUGGAGUUUGCCAAACGCAUCCCAGGGUUCCGUGGGCUUGGACAGAACGACCAAAUCACCCUGCUCAAGACUGGAUCGAUGGAGGUGGUUCUGGUUAGAAUGAGCAGGUGUUUUAACACAGAGAACAGCACCGUCUUCUUCGAUGGGAAGUUUGGCAGCACUGAACUUUUCAAGUCUCUGGGCUGUGGUGAUCUGAUGGUGGCGGUGUUUGACUUCGCUCACAGUGUGUGUGCCCUGAGACUGACUGAGCAGCAGAUGGCUCUCUUCAGCUCACUGGUGCUCAUUAACGCCGAUCGCCCCUGUCUUGAGGAUAGAGGCAGAGUACAUAGAAUGAGAAGAGACUUGGAGGAAUGCCUCAGCCACAUGCUACGCAGAGACAACCAGGAGAGCCUUCAGCACAAGCUCUACCAGAAGGUGUCAGUGUUGCGGUCUCUGUGCAGUCUUCAUGUGGAGAAGCUGCACUGGUUCAGCCAACGCUACCCGCUCACCGUCCACUCUGUCUUCCCUCCUCUAUACAAGGAGCUGUUCACCUCUGACCUGCCUUCUGUGGACUCCCUGUGAACUCCCUCUGAACUGCACCAUACAUGUUGACAGAUAAUUAGACAAAGAAACAUGCAUACAGUAGACAGACACACACAAACACACACAGACACACAAACACACACAGAAACACAGACACACACAGAAACACAGACACACACAGAGACACAGACACUCACAAAGACAAAGACACACACAGAC